AGAAACAAGUGUGGAGAAAAAAAUAAAAUAAAAAAUGAAAUCUCGUUUUAAUCGUGCCUCUUACGCGACUGGAUCAAUGUGAUUGACAUGGUCUAAUCCAUAUUGAUCAUUUCAAUUUUUGGACGGAAAGCAAAUCGCACAGUUCCGUAAAACAUAAAAAACAAAAUAGGGCAAGAAUAUUUUGAUGGCCGCACCAUUAGCCUGAUAACUUUGAUUAAUCAUCAAAUAAUCGACAUCAAAUUAGGCAAUAAUGGAAUAUGAUAGCGAUGCCAAUCGAGGUUUACUUUUGCAACCCUUACUGAAAACUAGUGAAUUUGAGCCUAAAAAAGGCUACGCUUCUUCCUACAUGACAUUCUUCAAUGGCAUGAACCUUCUUUCAGGGGUUGGGAUACUAUCCGUACCAUAUGCCCUAGCUUCGGGUGGAUGGUUGAGCUUGUUAUCUAUUUUCCUAGUGGCCAUGGCAGCAUUCUACACUGGGUUGCUUAUAAAGCGAUGCAUGGAAGGAGAUUCAAGCAUAAGAACUUACCCUGAUAUAGGGGAGCGUGCAUUUGGGAGGAUCGGAAGAACAAUAACAUCGGUGUUUAUGUGCACAGAGUUGUACUUGGUUGUUACAGGUUUCCUUAUAUUAGAAGGAGACAAUCUUCAUAACCUUUUUCCUGACCUAAAAAUAGAAACCUCUUGGUUGCAACUUGGAGGAAAAGAGAGUUUCGUGUUGAUUACUGCACUUAUUAUUCUUCCUUCAGUUUGGUUGGAUGACUUGAGUAUUCUUUCUUACAUCUCUGCAACUGGUGUCCUCGCUUCUGUGGUUAUUAUUGUGUCAAUUUUAUCUGUUGGCACGUUUGAUGGGAUUGGAUUUCACAGCAAAGGGGAUCUUUUUAACUGGUCAGGCAUUCCUACAGCUAUAAGCUUAUACGGCUUUUGCUAUUGCGCUCAUCCUGUUUUUCCUACACUGUACAAUUCAUUGGAGAAAAAACAACAGUUUUCCAAGGUACUUCUGAUGUGUUUCCUUUGCUCGACUAUUGGUUAUGCAUCAAUGGCCAUCAUUGGAUAUCUGAUGUAUGGUUCCAAAGUUGAAUCUCAAAUAACCCUUAACCUACCAACUGAUAAACUGAGCUCCAAAAUUGCAAUAUAUACAACGUUGGUGAAUCCUCUAUCCAAAUAUGCACUAAUGUUAGAACCUGUUGUGAAUUCUACCGAGAGUUGGUUCCCAAAUUAUCACAAGAAAAAGUACUUCAAAUGUUUUGUAAGAACAGGUUUGGUUGCUUCUCAAGUCAUUGUAGCGUUGGUUGUGCCUUUAUUCGGAUAUCUCAUGUCUCUUGUCGGAGCAUUUUUAAGCAUUACCGCGUCAAUAACACUUCCUUGCCUAUGCUAUUUAAAGAUCUCAGGUAAUUAUCGGAGAGGCGAGGGGGUAUUAGUGGUAGGUAUCAUCGUGUUAAGUAUAUUGAUUACGAUCUUUGGUACUUAUACUUCUUUAGUACAGAUUAUACACGGAACUGUAGUUAAUUACUAAAUUUUGUUACACUCUACACACAUAAAAGAUUUGUUUGUGCAAUUUAUUCUACUAGUACAUUCCCCUGCCUUUA